CUGACUGACAUAUAAAACCUCAAUCAGUUUUGUGUAACAUCAUACGUAAUUCAAAUUUCACGACCAUGCUGCUUACAAACCGCAUAAGAGUUUUCGCGUAUAAUAUUUUAACUGGAACAGCUAAUAGUGGAAGACAUCAUCGUAGACAUCUGCACCCCGGAAGCAUCCCACAUCAACGUAUAUCGAUGGUUCUGAAUCAUCCCCGCGGCGGGCACUCCAGAACAGCAUCGCAGGCAGAUGUUUACCUGCAGCCAGAACAACAUGCGAGCGAGAGCCAACAGCAAGAGAGGAUGUCUGAUGUAAACAAACUGCCGUAUGCCUCCCGGCGAGGCCGAAACGAUGAAGCUGAACUUGAAGAAAUAGAAAAUAAUCUGUUCGAUAAUCGACAGUCGAAAGACGAUUUACACCUUGGCGAGAUAAUGAAGAAGUAUAAAAGCGAUUUCCGACAAAAGGAAAUUAUUCGGAGUCACAAUAAACCAAACAAAUCUGCAAAUCUGAGCGCAAUGGAUGCGGAGACCAUGAAUAUAUUGAAAUCGUAUAAAAAUAAGGAACGGUCUAAGGAAAUCUUUGAUAAGAGAAGUGGUCUGAAAUUCCUUAAAUUGGUAGAAACUGAUCCUUUAUUUAAAGACUUGCGAUUGUUGGCGACUUCGCGAAAACAAAGGGAGUUGAAAAACAAGCUUGUCGUUGAAGGGAAGCGAUUGAUUAACGAUGCAAUUGAUGCUGGUUUAUUGCUUGAAACCGUAAUUUUCUCCGAAAUGGAUCAUUUGAGUAGUCUGCGCGCUAAGUUAAAGUCUCUCAAGCUGAUUCAACUGCGUAAUUAUGUUUUGCAGGAAUGGUCAGAUCUGGUCACCAGCCCCGGCGUAAUUGGCAUAUUUAAAAAGCCUUCUGACAUGGGCAACAUUGUAAUCCAGAAUCGAACUGCUGAGUCUCUGCCCAUAACCGUAGUUUGUGACAAUGUACGCGAGCCGAACAAUUUGGGAAGUAUAAUAAGAAGCUGUGCAUCGAUUCCCGUGGAUCGAGUGAUUUUGCUUAAAGGGUGCACGCAUCCAUGGGACCCUAAGUGUCUGAGGGGCGGGUCUGGUGCCCACUUUCGAACCAACAUUGUCGGGCCGGUGACGAUGGACGAGCUGGGGACGUAUCUUCCAUCUAACCCGACCUUUCUGGUGGCAGACAAUAAAAGCGAAAGAAACGACGAAACGUUUGUGCUGAGCCGUUACGAUAGAGCCAAUUAUUUUGACAUGGAACACAUGGUGCUGGUGAUCGGAGGUGAAACACAUGGAGUUAGCAGUGAUGUGAGAAGAUUCAUCAGUGAGCUGCAGAAUGAUGCCAAUAGUGGAAAUAGCAGUUAUUUGGUUCACAUUCCACUGGAGAAUGGUGUUGAAAGUUUGAAUACCGCAUCGGCGUUGUCGGUUAUACUGUAUGAAAUCAAAAGGCAGUUAGAUAAAAUGGAAUAAAAUUAAACCAAAUGGUAGUUUCCUUAAA